AUGUCGAACCACAACAUCCCAAAUCCCUUCUCCAAAGUGAAGUUGAUCUGCAGAUACGGAGGCAAAAUCCUCCCCAAGCCAUCCAAUAACAUGAAACUCGCUUACAUUGGCGGAGACAUAAAAAUCAUGAAAGUUGAUCGCAACAUAAACUUCUUCCAUCUCUUGAAAAACAUCCACUCCUUCACCAAAAACCACGUCCUUUUAAAAUACCAACUCCCCGGCGAGGAUCUUGACACUUUAAUUUCCGUUGUUAACGACGAGGAUCUAGAGAACAUGAUGGCUGAGUAUGAUCGAGUGUGUCACGCCUCCACCAAGUUCCGCCACUUCAAGCUGUUCCUAUUCCCAUGUUAUCAAACUCCGAAGUCAUCCCAAGGCGAUUCCGAUUCCGAUUCCGAUUCCGAUUCCGAUUCCGAUUCCGAUUCUGAUUCUGAUUCUUCUGCCACUGCUUCUAUGCUUGAUGGUAAUGCAGAUAUUAUUACGCAGUUGCAAUUGGAAUUGGAGGAACGGAUCCUGACUAACGAGUUUCAGAGUUUUCUGAAGAAUAUAAAUACAGAUGAUCACGUAAGAAUGGCUUUUCAUCUGGAAUGGCUCCUGACUAACGAGUUGCAGAGUUUUCUGAAGAAUACAAAUGCAAAUGAUCACGUAAAAAUGGCUAAUAAUCUUCCUCUUCAGAAUCACAACAUUCCAUUGCAUGGCCAAGCUUGGACUCCAAUGUCAUUACCAGUGCCAGAGAGCCACGUGACCGACGGUGAUAAUGCAUGGAGAGCCCAAGCCCAAGCCCAUCCUACUUCCGUUGUAACACCUAUCUCUACUCCCAAAAGUCACGUGACAAACGAUGGAUAUGCUUUGGGGGGCCAAUCACACGCUCAUUAUGCUCUACCUCCCCACUUGGUCAAUGGUGGAUAUGCAUACCAGUCUCAAGAAGCCCAAGCCCAUUCUACUUCGGUUGCUCCACCAUUGUCUACGCCGAAAAGUUACGUGACAAGCCACUGUUAUGAGUUGGGAGCCCACUCACAAGCCCAUUCCGCUUUGGCUUCCCACGUGACUGGGAGUGGUUAUGCACUUGGGGGUUCUUCACCUGUGUCCGGAGUGUACCAAGAAAGUGCUCCGCAACACAUGGCUACACCAGUUGGUGAGGGUAACUGUAUAGACCCGGGCAUGGCUCUGUUCAUACAAAUUUACGGUACCACACCCAGUGAAGCUUAUUCUCGCCUUUAUCCAUCUCUAACAGGGCCAGUCCCAAAUGAUGGCCGGAAUUACUGA